GCCAACGGUGUCAGUCAGGCCUGCCCCGUCCAAGACUCACCAGCACCCUCCACGUCGCUGGGGUCCCCGCGCUCUGGACCCCCUGGGCCACCGAAUAUCUCCCCUGCCCUUCCCCAGGUCUGGGCCCAAGAGCAGCCCCUGGACUUCUGCAAUUUUAAUGCUGUGGCUGGGCUUCCGUCCCCUGGGGGCCCCACUUGCUCCCCACUGCCCUGGGCCUCAUCAGGGCAACUUCCUCCUGCAGGCUGGCUACCAUGGUGCCCUCGGGGCUGCUACCCGGGGUCUGCAGGACUUCACCCAUCGCCCUGCUUCUGGUCUGCUGUCUGCUGCCCCCAGGUGCCCAGGGACAGCAGUUCCCGCUGAGGCUGGACGUCCAGAGCCCCGUGGUGCCUGCCGGAGGGUCCUUGUUGGUCAACUGCAGUACAGAUUGUCCCAAUCCUAAACUCAUCACCCUAGAGACAUCCCUAUCCAAGGAGCCAGUGGGCAAUGGCCUGGGCUGGGCAGCCUUCCAGCUCAGCAAUGUGACUAGUAACAGCCAGGUCCUCUGCUCCGGCUUCUGUGAUGGCACCCAGAUGACAUCCUCCUCUAACAUCACAGUAUACCGGUUCCCAGAGCGAGUGGAGCUGUUACCCCUACCCCGCUGGCAGCCCGUGGGCGAAAACCUCACUCUGCGCUGCCAGGUGGCCGGCGGGGCGCCCCGGGACAGCCUCUUCGUGGUGCUGCUCCGCGGGGAGGAGGAGCUGAGCCGGCACCCGGCCUCUGGGGAGCCCGCCGAGGUCGAGGUCACGGUCCCGGUGCUGGCGGGCAGAGACGACCACCUCGCCAAUUUCUCCUGUCGCACGGACCUGGACCUGAGGCCCCAAGGGCUGAGACUGUUCCAGAACAUCUCGGCCCCCAGGCAGCUCCGAACUUUUGCACUGCCCAUGACCACUCCACACCUCGUUGUCCCUCGGUUCUUGGAGGUGGGAACGACUUGGUCGGUGAACUGCACCCUGGACGGGCUGUUCCCGGCCUCCGAGGUCCAGGUCCAACUGGCGCUGGGGAACCAGACUCUGAAUUCUACAGUCGAGAGCCACGGGAACAUGAUCACGGCCACAGCCACAGCCACAGCGAGCGUGGAGCAGGAGGGCACCCAGGAGAUUGUCUGCAACAUGACAUUGGGGAGCGACAGCAGGGAGGCCCGGGAGAACUUGACCAUCUACAGCUUCCAGGGGCCCAUCCUAAACCUGAGUGAGCCCAGCGCCCCCGAGGGAACCGCAGUGAUUGUGACUUGCUUGGCCGGACCCCGAGUCCAGGUCACGCUGGAGGGACUUCCAGCUGCGGCCCCUGGACAGCCUGCCCAGUUUCAGCUAAACGCCACCGAAAGGGACGACAGGCGCAUUUUCUUCUGCAAUGCCAGCCUCGAGAUGGAUGGGAAGAUCUUACACAGAAACAGCAGCGUCCAGUUGCGAGUCCUAUACGGUCCCAAGAUUGACCAAGCCAAAUGUCCUCAGCGCUUGACGUGGAAAGAUAAGACUCUCAAUGUCCUGCAGUGCGAGGCUCGGGGCAACCCGGACCCCCAGCUGCACUGUUUCCAGGAAAGCUCCGGGCUCGAGGUGCCCAUCGGGAUCCCAUUCCUCGUCAGGUUAAACUACAGUGGUACCUACUCCUGCAAGGCGGCCAGCUCACAAGGCACACACACUAUGACUGUGGUGAUGAACGUUCGGGUGUGCAGAAGCGGAGUGACAUCUACCAUGUGAACCAGGCGAGCACUUGGUUGCCCCUGACAUCUAAGCAGCCCGAGGUGGCUACGGGGGAGGAUCCAUCCUGAGCCUCCAGCUGGGGGAAUGCUGGACCAAGGACGAUGGGGGUUUGGCUGUAUCCCCGGGUUCCGCACCAAUAAAGCGCUCAAAAUCCGGA